AUGGCGGCCACCGGCAGCGCGGAGGGUGCGAGCGGCAGCUCCGCGCUGUGGGCCGAGGUGCGGGCGCUGCUGCCCCGCGACGAGGAGGGGCUGCCCUUGGCGCUGAGCGGCGAGGUGGAGGACUGCGUGCUGCCGCUGCUGCGGCGGGCCCGCGCGCUGCUCUACGGCGCGGCGGGCCGGCCCGGGGCGGCAGCGGCAGCGGCGCUGGAGCGCCUCAGCGACAUCCUGCGCGACUACUCCUGGGAGAAGCUGAACGCGGGGCCAUGGAGGGAGGUCGGCAAGGGCUGGCGCCAGGUGUACGCCUACGGCUGCCUGUUCGGGGCGCUGGCCGAGGUGGCCGCGGGCCGCUCGCUCGCGCGCGCCGUGCGCCUCUGUGACCUGGGGCUGCUCAUGGGCGCCGCCGUCCUGGACAACGCCCUGGCGCGCCUCGUGCGCGCGCUGCAGCCGCACCUGCCCCGCGCGGCGCCGCGGGGAACCUCCAAACCUCCGUUCCAGAGGGUCCGGCUGCAGCCGCCGCCCCCCGCCCUGCGGCCGCAGGAGGUGAUCCCGCACCUUCACUGUCCUUCGCUGGAGCACUUCAGAGACAACUACCUCGUUCCCCAGCGGCCCGUGGUCCUGGAGGGCGUCAUGGACCACUGGCCGUGUAUGAAGAAGUGGAGUGUGGACUAUUUCUGUCAAGUCGCAGGGUGUCGCACAGUCCCCGUGGAGUUGGGUGCUCGGUACACAGAUGAGGAAUGGUCUCAGCAGCUCAUGACUGUCAGUGACUUCAUCAGCCAGUAUAUCAUGGCCGAGAACAAUGUAGGAUACCUUGCCCAGCACCAGCUUUUUGAUCAGAUCCCAGAACUGAAAGAAGAUAUCAGUAUCCCUGACUACUGCUGCUUGGGGGAAGGGGAAGAAGAUGACAUCACCAUUAAUGCUUGGUUUGGUCCAGGAGGAACAAUCUCACCUCUUCAUCAAGAUCCCCAGCAAAAUUUUUUAGCCCAGGUAUUUGGAAGAAAGUAUAUCCGUCUCUAUUCACCACAAGAUUCAGAAAACCUGUACCCCCAUGAAAGCCAAAUUCUUCACAACACUAGUCAGGUUGAUGUGGAAGAUCCAGACUUGGUCAAGUUUCCAAAUUUCACAAAGGCUGAAUUUCAGUCCUGCAUUCUGAUGCCUGGACAGAUUCUUUUUAUUCCAGUUAAAUAUUGGCACUACGUGCGAUCACUUGAGCUCAGCUUCUCUGUUAGUUUCUGGUGGUCAUAGCACUGAAAUUAAAUUAAAAAUCAGGGAAGUAGCAUCUCUCAGGAGAGGUUAGAGGUGGAGCAAAACCAAAAACCAAUGAACUUUUGCUAAAGCGUGGAGAAGCAGUCACAGUGGGUAAGUGGAAAGAUGAUGCUGUAGCCACUUCAUUUUUGUAAAUGUUUCUAGUAACUCCUAAAGAGCCCAGUCUGUGGCACACAGUGUCCUGUGUGUGCAUCCCCCAGAAACAGCCUGUGCACGGGCACUGCCAGGGCUCUGCCUGAGCCUCUGUCUGGAAACCAGGUCAGUGUUAUUUUCUACUUGGAUUUAGUAACACUGAACCCUGGAGUUAGCUAGAGAGAUGUGCUACCUAAAGGUUCAAUCCAUUAAAAAAUUAAGCUAACACCAAGCAAGGCACUAGUCUCCUACAUGGAAAAAGUUACUCGUGGCCUGGUUCUGGCCAGGAUAGGGUUAAUGUCUGCAGUAGCCAGGAGGGGCAUGGCCCAGACCAGAGGUUAUUCUGCACCACCUCAGCCUGCCACUGCUGCCAGCAGGGCAGGGGGGACAGGAAGGGGCUCCUUGGUCUCUUAGUGACUGAAUCUGUGUGUCAAUCUUUUUUUCGUUGUUUUUUUUUUCCUCUCUUGUACACUUUGUUACUGAUAGUGUUGCUAUUACUGCUCAUUUUCUUUUUCCGUUGCCAUUUCCAGUAAAUUGUUCUUAUUGCAAC